UCACUCGAUGUUUUUGUACCUCUAAUUUGUAUUCUGCCGGCUCUAUUGCCGUCUUUGUUGUUGGGUCUCGUAUUAUUGAUAUACAUAUAUAAUGGACGAAGAGUCUGAAACUACACACUAUUACUUGGAAUGUGAAGGCGGCGUGGAAGAGUGGCAUUGGAAUUCGAAGAGCACAAAACUUUUAGUCGAACUGUAUUCGGAACGUCGUCAUAGGUUUCGAGACCCCAAAACUCGUAAGCGAGCUCUGUGGACAGAAAUUGUGGAUGAUAUGGAACAUGCUGGCUACAAAGGUAUAAAUGAGGAUAUUUGCGAUCGUAAAUGGCGCAAUAUGAAAAAAACGUAUCGAACAUGUCGAGAAACUCUCAAGAAAAAUGCACGCAAAAGAGUCGGCUGGGAAUAUUAUGAUACAUUUGACGAUAUGUUUCAAAAUGAGAACGUUAACAGCACUACUGCAAAAACAGAAAGUGAUGCUCUGAUCGAGGAGCAGCACAACGAGCUAUCCGAUAUGCAAUGCACUCUUGAAACUGAUAAUAAUACCAUACGUGCAGAGCAAAGCAACGAUAUGACGAUGGUGGCUGAAGAACAGCAACGGCAAUUGCUAAUACUGGAGCGAAGUAGAAUUGCCGCAAUACGGGAAUUAAGCAAGCGGAUUGAAGAAUCGAAUGUUAUACAACGAGAAAGAAAUGACUUGCUACGGGAGUAUCUUUCCCAGUUAUAA